UUCAAGUUACGAGCCAUGGGUAACGCAGAUUUUGAGUGCCCUCACCGAGUCGCCAUUCCACCAACCAAGCCAUUCUUGGAGUCCUUAAGCUCCAACCUCAAAGAAACCUUCUUCCCCGAUGACCCUUUCAAGCAGUUCAAAAACCAGCCUUUAGGACCCCAAAUUCUCCUCUGGCUUAAGUACUUCAUCCCCAUAUUCGAAUGGGCUCCUCAUUACACCCUCGACUUCUUCAAAUCCGACCUCGUGUCCGGUGUCACCAUCGCCAGUUUAGCCGUCCCUCAAGGCAUCAGCUAUGCCAGUUUGGCUAGCAUCCCUCCCAUCAUCGGACUCUAUUCGAGCUUUAUUCCUCCGUUGAUAUACGCCAUGCUUGGUAGUUCGAAAGACGUGGCAGUCGGGACGGUAGCGGUAGCGUCGUUGCUCAUGGCUGCCAUAAUGGGGAAGGAAGUCAGCCCCGUCGAACAUCCGAAACAAUACGUUCAGUUGGUUUUCACUGCCACGUUCUUCGCCGGAGUUUUCCAAGCUUCUCUCGGUUUUCUCAGGCUGGGGCUUAUUGUUGACUUUUUGUCGCAUGCAACAAUAGUGGGGUUCAUGGGUGGCGCGGCAACCGUGGUUUGUCUUCAGCAGCUAAAAGGAAUAUUAGGAUUGGUUCAUUUCACGCACGAGACCGAUAUUGUAUCCGUUAUAACCUCUGUUUCCUCACAAGUUCAUCAGUGGAGAUGGGAAAGUAUUGUGUUGGGCUGCUGUUUUCUCUUCUUUCUCCUCCUCACCCGAUACCUUAGCAAGAAGAAACCGAUCUUCUUUUGGAUAAAUGCAUUGGCGCCUUUGACGUCGGUCAUCUUGGGGAGUCUUCUCGUCUAUUUAACCCACGCUGAAAAGCAUGGAGUUCAAGUGAUUGGGCAUUUGAAGAAAGGGUUGAAUCCACUAUCUGCGACUGAUUUAGCAUUUGGAUCUCCUCAUCUCUUAAUUGCCAUCAAAACAGGGAUCAUCGUUGGAAUCAUUGGCCUUGCUGAAGGAGUAGCGGUUGGGAGAAGUUUUGCUGCAUUUAAGAAUUAUCACACUGAUGGCAACAAGGAGAUGAUAGCAUUUGGGAUCAUGAACAUUGUUGGUUCCUGCACUUCUUGCUACCUGACUUCCGGGCCAUUUUCAAGGAGUGCUGUGAACUUCAAUGCAGGAUGUAAAACUGCAGUCUCCAAUAUUGUCAUGUCAAUAGCUGUGAUGAUCACUCUGUUGUUUUUGACGCCAUUUUUUCAUUACACACCCCUGGUGGUGCUCGCCUCCAUAAUCAUCACUGCUAUGAUUGGCCUAAUCAACUAUGAAGAAGUCAUCCACCUUUGGAAACUUGACAAAUUCGACUUUGUCGUCUGCCUCGGUGCAUACAUCGGUGUCGUCUUUGGCAGUGUUGAAAUGGGCUUGAUCAUUGCGGUUGCACUUUCUGUGUUGAGGGUGCUUCUCAUGAUCGCAAGGCCAAGAACUUUAGUAUUAGGCAACAUUCCCAACUCCACAAUUUACAGAAGCAUUGAUCAAUACCCAACAGCUGAGCAUGUGCCUGGAAUUCUCAUCCUUCAAUUGGAAGCACCAAUCUAUUUUGCGAACUCAAACUACCUGAGAGAAAGGCUUUCAAGGUGGAUUACAGAUGAAGAAGAGAGGAUAAAAUCAUCAGGAGAAACCAGCUUGCAGUACAUAAUUCUGGACCUUUCCGGCGUGAGUAGCAUUGAUUCAAGUGGGAUCAGCAUGCUUAAAGAGAUUAAGAAGAGUAUUGAAAGAAAGGGGUUCAAACUUGUUCUUGCAAAUCCGAAAAGUGAGGUGAUAAAAAAGCUAAACAAGUCGAACUUCAUCGAGGCGAUCGGGCACGAAUGGAUCUAUCUUACAGUGGGAGAGGCUGUAACGGCCUGCAACUUCGUACUCCAAACAUGGAAGCCAAGUCCUGUUGCUGCUGCUGAAUUAGAUUCAGCUGUGAACAGUGUGUAAUCUGGAAAAUUACUCCAAGCUAAAGGAGGAUCUAUUUGGCUGAUGGGGUCCUCUCACUAAGUCCACACAAGGUGGUAAUAUAUCCACCAAUCAGGACGCCACAUUAGUUAUGUUCUUAUCUACACCCAUGGAAAUUAUUGUCUCCACUUUCUUUCUUUAAUGUAAUACGCGAAAAUGAAAUUGGGUGAAAAUCAUUUAAGAGUGAUCAUUUUCACGCUUUCACA